AUGAACGGACACCGCCAAUCCGACCAACCCGAUACCUAUAAUACUCCAGCUUCCCUGGAGGAAAUCGCGGGUUCCACUCAAGCUCACCCUCUGUCGGGAUACUAUUCAUUGAUUUUGAAAUCAGACUCACCAUACGCUGCCGGUGCAUCGACAUCGCGCCCGACACCCGUUCGGCCCGAGGCCAAACCCACGCCGACAUCUACCGCCACACCGCAAUCGCCUCAAGAAAAGAUGGCGAUUGUAUUUGGAACCCCUCUCGCUGGUCCAGGCCGGACUUCACGCUAUAAUCCUGGUGAAGCUCCUCCAGAGUCAAUGUGGAAGACCAUCAAUGGAGUCCCUAUUCCUCCCCAACCCGAGGAACCGGACAAUUGCUGCAUGAGCGGAUGUGUACACUGUGUUUGGGAUGACUUCCGGGAUGAGAUGGAAGACUGGGCAUCCAGGGUUGCAACGGCCAAAGCUAAGGGUGGGCCUGAGAAGGGAACGAAGGACAUGCGCACGGCGCCUCGAGCGGAAGUCCGCUCAGCCAGUGCCAGCAUGGAUGAUGAUGGCGGUGGCAGUGAAACAAACUGGACUCUGCCAAGUCAGGAUAAUGACUUAUUUGCGAAUGUCCCUGUUGGUAUACGGGAGUUCAUGAAAACGGAGAAAAGAUUGCGGGCGAAACGUCAGGAGGAUGCUACAGUGUGA